AACAUAGCCAGUGCAUCAAAAGAAAUGUAUCGUUUUUUGUUACGUUACCUUGGUGCCGAGAGCAUUUUUUGUCUUUAAUACUCGUCUCUGGACCUCGACCCAAGACCACAGUCUGCAAGUGAGGCAGUCGGAUGGGUUUAUGAUUGCCCUCCUCGCUGAUAAGCCAGCAAAUCGGCAUUUUAGCAUAUUAUGUGCGAUUUUAACAGUCACAAAACGGUUUCAGCCCACGCUUUGUUUUGGUGAGCCGGGUCGCAGGAAAUAGACGUCACUGAAUCAGCUUUUUGUAGAGGCGAGUUGGAAGCUUCUGGAAGAGCCUUUCUGUAAACUGAGGCUGUAAGGAUUCAAACUACUGUUUCCAUACAAGAUUUUCCAAGGUUUGUUGGUGAAAGACAAUCAUGGUGAAGGAAACGGGCUUCUAUGACACGUUGGGUGUGAAACCUAAUGCCACUCCAGAUGAACUGAAAAGGGCCUAUCGCAAACUAGCCUUGAAAUAUCACCCCGACAAAAACCCCACAGAAGGAGAGAAGUUCAAGCAGAUCUCACAGGCAUAUGAGGUUUUGUCAGAUGCCAAGAAGAGAGAGGUGUAUGACCGUGGAGGAGAAAAGGCUAUAAAGGAAGGAGGGUCUGGUGGAGGAGGGGGUUGUGGUGGGAACUUUGCUUCGCCCAUGGACAUCUUUGACUUGUUUUUUGGUGGGGGUAGUCGGAUGCACAGAGAGAGAAAAGGAAAGAACAUAGUUCAUCAGAUUUCAGUGACGCUGGAUGAUCUUUAUAACGGAGCUACAAGGAAACUGGCCCUUCAGAAGAACACUAUUUGUGAGAGAUGUGAAG